AUGGACCACAAACGCCUGCUAGGUCUGCUUAAAGAGGACAAGGCUGUGCCACCUAUAGCUUCAGGCCGAAUUCAGCAGUGGGCUCUUAUUCUGAGUGCUGACAGUUACAUGUUGUCUCUCACCAAAGUUAAUUUCCUUGUCUUACAGGAGGUCUAUGAACUGCUCAGCGAGUAUGAUUUAAAAUACUGUUUUGUGGACAAAUACAAAGGAACAGCUUUUGUCACUUUAUUGAACAGGGAUCAAGCAAAUGAUGCCAUUGAGAAAUUUCAUCAAUCAACUUUGCGGGAUCGAGAGAUUUCAGUGCAGCUGCAGCCCACCGAUGCUCUGCUCUGUAUUGCAAACCUGCCUCUCUCCUUCACUCAGCAGCAGUUUGAGGAGCUGGUGCGGCCGUUUGGGAACCUGGAACGAUGUUUCCUUGUGUACAGUGAGAUUUCUGGUCACUCAAAAGGAUAUGGUUUUGUGGAAUACAUGAAAAAAGACUCUGCUGCCCGUGCCAAAUCAGAGCUCCUAGGAAAACAGCUGGGCACACGAACCCUGUAUGUUCAUUGGACUGACGUAAAUCAGCUGACUCUUGACCUCAUUCAUUCCAAGUGCCUGUGUGUGGAUAAACUGCCACAUGAUUAUAAAGACCUGCCAGCGCUCAGCCAAGCCUUUAGCGACAUCUAUGAGCCAACAUUUUGUCAGCUGGCUCAGGGACCUGAUGGCCAAUUCCGAGGCUUUGCAGUUGUGGAAUAUGAAGCUGCGGAACAAGCUGAGCAAGUACAGAAGGAGACCGACGGCCUCUGGGUUGAUGGGAACCACAUUCGGGUCUCAUUCUGUGCACCUGGGCCCCCAGGGCGGAGUAUGCUUCCUGCACUGAUCGCUGCUCAGGCUAUGGCUAUGAACCGUGGGAAGGGUCUUCUCCCAGAACCGAAUCCUAUGCAGAUUCUGAACAGCCUCAAUAAUCCAGCGACAUUGCAGCUUCUCCUAAACCCAUUAAUACAUGGAGGCACUGGCCCUCAGCAAGGAAUUCUGGGAGCUGCCCCUUCAAUGCCUCUGCUGGGGAACCCUGGAUUAAGUGCAGCUCUCUUACAGUUGGUUUUACAGGGCCAAAACCCAGCACAAACUCAGAAUGCUUUGCUUGGGAAUCCAGUUUUUCUGCAGAAUCUGGUUCGGACCCAGCUGAUGCAAAAUAAGGAGAACCAGGCAUUCCUCAAUAAACCUGGCAUUCUGGGUGAAUCUCCUCUUGCAACUUUGCAACCAAACCCAGUUGGACUCGGAGCCCCUCCACAGCGGGGAAAGGGACUUCUUGGGGAAUCACCCACAGGACUGAAUUCUGAGAGAGCACAAGCACGGAUGAAGCUGCCUAUGGUGCCAAUGGGGACAAUGCAAUCGCAGCAGUAUCUUGGACAAAUGCCAGCAGACAUGCAGGGAAUGCUGGAGAAUCCAUCCCAUUCCCGACAAGUUGUCUCUCCUCCAGUCACUCCAGCUCCUUUGCAAGGAAUCCCUACGUCCAUCCUGGGCUCUGUGCUCAGUGACCUGAAGAAACAGAGGAAACAAAACAUGGUGCAGUUGGAGACUGGCUCAGCCACGUCAGGGCCAUCUCUCUUAGGGGAACCACCAAAAGAUUUCAGGGUGCCUCAGAAUCCAUAUCUCAAUCUGCGAAGUGUCUUCCCUACUAACGUUUCAGGCAAUACUAACAACUCAAUGUCCUAUGGCCAUGGUACUGGUCUCCUGGGAAACUACCCCAGCUCUGGCUCCAGAGGUCACCUGGGAUCCAGCAUCAGUGACUAUCCAGAGUCUGGAAGCAGCCAGCUGAGUUAUGGGAGUUAUGAAAGCUAUGAUAAUUAUAGCCACUCUUACAGAGACUAUGAGCAGGAAAGUGAAAUGGAGCGCUACCCACUAUCACGUAAUCCUGGGCUUAGAGGGUACAGUCGUGACAGAAACGAGGAAAGAGAGAUGGAGCGAUACUCGAUGUCCCGUGAUCCUGGCUAUGGAGGAAUGGGGGGCUAUGGCCAUGAUCAAAGUGAGGAAAGGGAGCUGGACCAAUACCCACUACUACAUGACCCUGGACUUGGAGGAUACACAGCUGACAGAGAUGAGCGAUCAAAUCCAUGUGGAUAUAAUGAUUUGGAACCUGCUGCACCUUCAAUGUACUCCAGUUCUCCCACUUCCUAUUUCACAAGUGGUGUCCGAGCGGGACUACGACAGAGCUACUCCACCAAGAUGAAUCCGAUGCUGAAUUCUGGGGCAGGACUCCUGGGAGCUCGACCUGCUAACUCCCCACCAGGCUGUAUGCUGAAGACACCACUCGCUGGUCACAAGCGAGGUGCGUCUCACCUGAUCCCAUCGCCUGAGCCCAGCCCAGAGGGAGGCUACAUUGGUCAGCACUCCCAAGGCCUGGGUGGCCACUACGCUGACUCUUACCUCAAGAGGAAGAGGAUAUUUUAACUGGGGACCUGGUGUUGCCAUGUAGAACGACAUGGUUAUUUUUCGCUGAAGGGUGUAUAUCUUGUACAGAUGUUUUUAAUCUCUGUGUCAAAACACUUCAGUCUUUGUUUUUAGGAGAAGGGUGAAACUUCUAUCUGGGAAUUUGGAGGAUGCAGAAGGCUGGAACCUGACAAACUGACUGAAACGUGACCCUGUGGCACCUUUGCAUGUCAGCCACAAAAAUCACCGAAUAUUCGCUUCAAACUUUAGUUGUCGGGGGAGAUGAGUGCAUGAUAAGGUGGAAUUCACCUUAUCCACUUUGUCCCUCCAAUUUCACUGUUACUGACUGCAGUCUGGGACCAGAAGUGUCAAUAGUGGAUGCUCUACUGAAGCACACUUUCUUCAUAACUCAAUGAAUAUUAGCCUUCAGUCCACUGCAAAUUUAAACAUGUGUGAAGUUGGCUGCAAAUAUUCUCCCAAUAAUAAGCUGCAUUUACAGCGGACUCGGCCCUUCCUCAGAGCCACACUCUGAAGAUGAGCCCUUGUUUUUGUUGUUCCAGCAAAGUGCGCAUUCAGUCCAUCAACUUUCAAAGCAGGUAUUCUACCUCAAAGGCUGACACCGUGAAGUGUUGUUUCUGUCUGGUGAUUCACUUUGCUUUUGUGUCAUGUGCUCCAAACAUGUACUCAAGUGUUGGAAUGAAUGCAGUGAGAUAUUUUCCUUUAGUUUAAUCACACUGCACUGUAUCCCAUACCCUCCAUGUUUGAGUUUCAUUGUGCAGCCAACUGGUUUGGUUUUCAGUCCUUCUGCAUACCUCUCAAAUUUGUCGGUUUGUUUUUUAAUUGUACUUCCUUAAUCUUUCCUUUCAUUCUGAGAACAAUUUUUGCCUUUGAUUUAGAAAUGCCAGGUUUUUUUAGAUCUGCAAUUUUUAGUGAAUUAUUUGCAGAAAAUGGGUUAUGUGCUUGUCCCUUUUUUCCUUUAUUUUGAAACAAAAUUUAAAGUAGUUUGGGUAACUAAUUUUGUUCUUCCUGUUUCAUUUGGGCAUGUGUUUGUUUCUACAUUAGUGACAACUUCGUUCUGCAAAAUCUUUACACGUUGAAUUCCUGAUGGCUGUUAACCUGUGGAACCUUUAUACCAGCCAAGUUUCCAUUAAGCUUAGACAGGGAGCCUGAACCAACAAGUAUGGGACCCUAAUCAUAAAAUAAAUCAAAUGUAGAUGUAAGGAAUGGUAACAGACAUUGUGGACACUAGCUUCUGUCGCAAUGCUGUUUGCAUUUAAAGCUACAGGAAGUUUUGUAAGUCUCUUCCAGUUGCCUUGCUGUCCAUCAACACCUGCACUGUGUUGAUGGACUUGUGCUUUCCCAGUAAAUAUACUUGUUUUGCCUCAAUAUUUGAAGUGGGCGGAGGAAUUUCUCCUUAGCUUUACCACACCUCUGAUGCUUGGUUCCUGUAUUAGAGACUUGAGCUGAAGGAAGCUGUUCUCCUGGAGCGUUGGUCUAAUUUGUACAAUUUCAAAGCAAAUCCCUGUUUUUUACACUGAAGAUUAAAGGGGGAGAGAACAGGGACAGGCUGCAGGAAAUAGAUGGUGAACACCAUCUCUGGGCCUCCAUUCUUAUUUCUCUGUUCCCCUUCCAGCCACCAGAGGCAGGCAAAGAUGACGAAAAUGCUUGGAAAGCAGGACAUUCUGGGAAAGGUUGGGAUAUUAUAUUAGAGAGAGAAAAAAGGACAGGCCCAUUUUUUAAAAAAUAAAUGUCCGGUUAAUCUUUACAUUCUCAAACUAUAUCAGAGAAAAACCAACUUGCACUGCGAGGAAAUGGAGGUCUGAAGCAUCGACAGCCUUAGUCUCAGUUCUGCCCAGUCCUAGUACAAUCCUCUGUGCUUUGUCUGUACUCCAAUCCUGUUAGAGUGGACUUUGGACAAUUAUGAUGGGCAAGAGGUCUCACAUCUGACCAGGUGGAUAGCAACUAAAACACAGCCAUCAUUCCAAGGCAUUGUUUUCACCUGCUAUGGGGACUGGGGAGUUCAUGUCAAAUGUGGUUGCAUUGACAUUGGUGACUCUGGGAUUGCCUGUCUGUGAGUGGCCAAAUAUGGGGGAAAUUCCAAACCCAAGCUGAACUGGACCCUGUCUGACCCCCUUCUCCAUGUUUCAGGCUGAGAAACCGAAUAGUAAUGAACAAUUUGAGCCUUACUGUCUGCCCUCUUGACAAUGGUCAAAUGUAGACAUGAUCUGCUAAUUCAGAAGACUGGAGAUUGACUGGGUCUCCCAAUCUGUGAUUAACCUGCUUGGUUCCUCUUAAAUAAAAAUUGUGAAAGUGACUGGUGUGUGAGCCAGUGUAAGGUUCAAUUGGUUAGCCUCAGCUAGGAAGUGAAAGAAUCGGUUGGCAGUGACCUCUACUGAAGUGUGUCUGUAAGUGACUGGGUUCAGCUGCACUUAUUUUUAGAGGAACACUGCUAACACUGAUCAUGGGGUACCUGGAGAUUUCUGCACAUCUAAUGGUUAUUUCCACGUCUCCUGGCCUGUGUCACUGCAAGCAAGGAAGAGCACAGCACGUGCAGAUGGUCUGAAAUACUUGCUGGCCAUCCAUUUACUCUCUCCCACAGUGAGUCCUGUCUUCAGCCUGCACUAUCACAGGAACAGACAUCGGCUAUUCAAUCUGUCCACCAUGUGCUGGUGAAGGAUGGCCUUCAUGUUUCUCAGUUAUCCACUUGCAGUGCUCUGGAGGCCAGUCACUCAGGCUCAUCUGUUCUGUACUUGCCUCGAGUCUCUCUCAGACCAGCUGAUUGUGUGGGAUGAACGGUGACAGAAAGGGACUGGGAAGACAGGAGUGUCUGGGAAGACAGGAGGGUCUUCAUCAUUUGGACACAGUUCAGCUGCAUUACUGAGUAGGAACUGAUUGCAAUUUCAUGUUUGGAGAGUCCUGUCUACAUCUCUAUUAAAAUUGGAAAUUGCUCUUAA